AUGGGCUUCCAAAGUCUACCCAAUGAGUUGCUCUUCAUCAUCUCUCGACUACUUAACCAGCCCGACCUCAAUGCCCUCAUUCAAACUUGCCGGCUGUUUCACACGGUUCUCAACACCACUCUGUAUGUCAACAACGUCAAGCACAACCGUAGCUCGGCUUUGUUCUGGGCAGCAUCAACAGGAAACAUCGGAACGAUCCAACGCAUCAUUUCUCACGGGGGUAAUGUGCGAACCAAAGCUGAGGGGCCAUUUAUGAAGCAACGAAGUCUUAAUGUCUUGAGGCAAUGGAACGGACAAUCCAGGAUGAGCCCCCGGACAACACGCCAGACCAAACGUGCAAUGAACUUCUCAACCUGUGGUGAAACCCCUUUACAUCGGGCGGCGGAGGAAGGUCAAGAAGCAGCGGUGAUGUGCCUACUCGACCACGGAAGUGAUAUGAUGACCAUCGAUACGUACGGAUACUUUCCCAUUCAGCUCGCAGCACACAGAGGCCACGAAUCCAUCGUCAACAUUUUCCUGGAGAAAGGCUUCGACCCAAACACGCUCGGCUGGUCAAACCCUGACGCAUCAGUCCUACACAGUGCAGUAUGCGGCGGCCAUGCUAAUGUAGUCAAACUGUUACUCGAGCACGGUGCGCAAGCCGGCCUGAAAAAGAGCUCUAGCCCCCUACAUCCUUCUCCCCUCGAUAUGGCGCUCUCGGUCAGUAUCUGGCAGCAAAACCUCAAAUUGACAAAUUUGGACUCUUCGCUCGGCUUGGAAAAAAUACUGAAAGGGCAAGAGGACUGCGCAAUGCUGCUCAUCGAGCACGCAACACAACUCGACACGCUGGAGGAGAACAGAUAUAUGGCUUGUGCGGCCCGGCGGAAUUAUGUCAGGGUCGUCAAGGCACUUUUGGAACUUGGCAUUGACCCAAACCUGCCUGUGCAGGGGAAAACUGCACUGGGAUAUGCAAAGAAUCUCGGGUGCGAGGAGUUGAUUGAUCUCCUGGAACCGCUUGCCAGUCCCAAUGGCAAGUCAAAGCGCAAGAAACGCAAGACUGAGGCUUGA